AACUGUAUUCAAAAAUUUAUCAAACUGUCCUAAAAUCAAGUUGAUAAAAACUGUGCAUCAAAAGAAUUAUUGCGAAUGAGAAAUUGUGAUGUUAUGUCGUGGAUAUUAAAAUUAGUUCUAUUUUAUACGUGUAAAACACCUUGGCAGACGCUAAUAUUUAGUAAAUAUAUUCAACAAUUUAACCGUCAAUCUGGAUUCCAUAAAUAUGACCGAUAUUACUACCAAGGAUUUACAUGAGUUACUACAAUAUUUUUCUAAAAAUACUUAUAGAGCUAAAGAUGCAGAUAGUACGGGUCAAGCUAUUAUGCAGAGAUGUAUACUGCUCGCAGAUCUGGACUACACACAUACAAUAAUAAGUAAUAAUAGUGGUGAUUUGAGCGCUCAUUAUCCCAGUCACCUCAUAAUUCUAGAAUAUGAAAAACAUCGUAAUCAAAAUGUCUGCGACACCCCACCACCUUUACAACGAACUACUGAAACUAUUUAUGAAAGUAUCUAUGAUGUUAACAAAUUGAAGGAGUUAAUGAAAAGUGCAAGAUUUGCAAGAUGUCGCUCGCGAUUUCCGCUACCUGUUAUAUUAUAUAAAGGAAGGCACGUUUGUCGAUCUGCUACAUUAUCAGGUGGCCCAGAGAUUUAUGGUAGAUCUGGGCUUGAGUAUUUUUUUGCUGGUAAUGAAACACCUGGAACGCUACAACAACAGGUUGAUGAUGAUAGAACUGGAGAAUCUGUGAUGAGUGACUGGCAACUUUUUGACAAAGUCAGACACCAAGAUAUUAAAUUAUUGAAAACACUUAAUGUAGGAACAAUAAUUGAUUUUAUGGUAGAGAAAAAGAAAGUUAAAUUUGGCAUGAAUGUUACUUCUUCAGAAAAAGUUGAUAAAGAACGAAGGUACUCCGAUUUUACAAUUAUAUCUUUGCCGUAUCCAGGCUGCGAAUUUUUCAAAGAAUUCCGAGAAAAUGACUAUCUGGCCAUGGGUUUGGUUUUCGAUUGGUCUCAAACACAUGUAGAUGCUGAAAUUGGUGUACCAGAGGAUUCAAUAUCCUCCCAGCUCCGUAUAAAUUGGGAGCAGUAUCAAGUCUGGGACCUAGUCAAUCUUACACAAAAUUAUUUUAAGCUAAUUUUAAGAUACCUGAACGAUAGUAGUAGUGGGAUGCUUAUUCAUUGUAUAUCAGGUUGGGACCGUACGCCUCUGUUCAUUUCGUUGUUGCGAAUAAGCUUGUGGGCUGAUGGCGUCAUCCACACAUCACUAAGUGCACAGCAGCUGUUAUAUCUGACAAUAGCUUACGACUGGAUGCUAUUUGGUCACGACCUCCACGACCGACUGGCCAAAGGCGAAGAGAUUUUCUAUUUCUGCUUCUACUUUCUCAAGCACAUCCAUGAAGAGGAGUUCAGUGUGAACAAACGCCACAGCAAUCUUAAGCACGUGGUACUUAGGAACGAUAGCGACUCUCAGCUAGACAACGUUAUGUUUGAUACGGAAUCAGUGGUACCACUCAGCUCCGUCAGCUCAAAUCUUAGUCUCAACAGUUGCUGUAGCAACGUGAGCCAAAAUAGCAGGGAUAGCCAGGACAACAAUCCCCCCUCUGUCUUCCACUGUACAUCCUUGGAUAGCCAAGAAGAAGCACAUAGCAAUGGUAAUGUAAUGCCGUGGUCGCUCUACUCUUCAUCAAACAAGGAUAGCGCUUCGAAUCAUGGAUCGCGAUCGCCGCUGCCAAGCAACCGGACGUCCCCGGUGGCGGUACCGGUACCAGGUCGUGUCCGACAACGCAAUGAGUCUUCGUCAUCCGGCGGUUCCUGGCAGAUGAUAAGCGGCACCGGAAGUUUACGAGGUUCCACCACCGCCAACGCGCCCAAUCUUUCGGACGGCUUACCAUGUUCCAGUUUCGCCAGUUCGACCUCCGGGGGCCAGACUUCUCAGGAAUCAAGCACAACCGUUAUCGAAGAAGAUUCGUGCAGCUACUUACACACGAAACGUCAAAGCAGACUCGAGUGCCUGCGUCAGAUAUUCUACAACGUCUACAAUCAGACAGUGGGUUUGAAGAUGAAGGACAACUCGGAGACGACGGGCAUCGGCCAGUUGCUCGGAAAUUUUGCGGAGAAGGUCGGCAUACUAUCGGUGCAACGUACGUCCUUGUGACAUGAGACGUACUUCAGCAACGGCUCGAUUACACCACGAAUCAUGGAUUUAUAACGAAUUAUCCGGGCCUUAAGCUAUAAGAAUGACAUAUGGAAUUCGAAGCAUGAAAAUGCGACUAAGAUCCUGUCAAAAUUUUAUCGUCGAUUUUCUUUCUCUUUUUUUUUAAAA